AGUCUUAGAAACCAUUCACAUGUUCAUGCUGUGAUCUACAAGAUUAAGUUCUGAUGUUUUUGUGAUCACUGAAAGCACAUAAACCAAAAUCUUCAACUCACUUCUGUAUCGUCCAGGAAAAUGCAGAAACAACAGGAAGUUUUGGUAUAUUAGACUAUACCAAAGACUUAACUAAGGCUAUUGAAACUAAAAGCGAUUUCUAGCACUUUGCGAACGGUAUGUUCUGAAAAUCAAUAUAUUUUCAGAAAAGAAUGAGUUCAAACAAAUCUGAUAUAAAUAUAUGAACUCUUCUACUAUUAACCACUUAUUUUUACACUAUACUCAAAACAUAAAUCUUUUCCAUUAACAUAGAGUAGAAUUUAAUUGACGCACAAUCUUUUUCUCCAGGUAAUCACCGCCACACGUUCACUUGUGCUUUGUACCGAAUCUCGCCGCGAAAUGGAAGACUGGCUAAGCUCGCUGAAAUCCGCCUCAAUACCGGCGCGAGCGCGUGGCGAUAGCUUCUUCAUUGAGCAACAUGAUUUAUUCUCCAAUCAUCAUCACUGGUAUGCGACCUCCCACGCCCGUCCCACCUUCUGCAAUGUAUGCCGCGAUGUACUCUCCGGCGUUACCUCGCAUGGCCUCUCUUGUGAGGUGUGCAAAUGCAAAGUGCAUAAACGUUGUGCUGCCAAAGCCAUUGCCAAUUGUAAAUGGACGACAUUGGCCACCGUCGGCAAGGAUAUCAUUGAGGAUCGCGACGGAAGUAUUAUCAUGCCACAUCAAUGGAUGGAGGGUAACUUACCGGUCUCAUCGACCUGCUCGGUUUGUAAGAAGACUUGCGGUUCUUUUUUGCGUUUGCAAGAUUGGCGUUGUUUAUGGUGUCGCGAAACGUUACACGUUGCUUGUCGACCACAAAUUGCAGUCGCUUGUCCACUAGGACCGGCCAAGCUGUCCGUUGUGCCGCCUACCUGUGUGCAUUCCAUUGGCAAUGAUGACUCCUGGGAUGUGGAGAGUCCGAAGGGUAAUUUUUCGCCACUGUUGGUUUUCGUCAAUUCCAAAUCGGGAGACAAUCAGGGAGUGAAGUUUUUGCGACGCUUCAAGCAGUUAUUAAACCCAGCUCAAGUUUUCGAUCUCAUAUCAACCGGGCCCAGUUUGGGUUUGCGGCUCUUCAGACGUUUCGAAAUGUUUCGAAUAUUAGUUUGCUCCGGCGACGGCUCUGUAGGCUGGGUGCUCAGCGAGAUUGAUCGUUUCAGUAUGCAUAAACAAUGUCAAGUAGCAGUACUGCCUCUUGGUACCGGCAACGAUUUGGCGCGUGUUUUGGGCUGGGGCUCAUCCUGUGAUGAUGACGUACAUCUGCCGCAAAUACUCGAACGUUACGAAUCUGCUAGUACCAAAAUGUUGGAUCGUUGGAGCAUAAUGGUCUUGGAAAAGGCUGUCGGCGUGCAACCGAAGACGCCGAAGAUGUCAUUGUCGAGCGCACAAGAAGCACUACUUACCGGCAUGGUAACGUCGGCUAAUUUAAACUUACGCAACAUUGUCGAGACUGAUGAUUCGCAGACGCUUAUUACUGCCACCAAAACGCUCUGCGAAACGCUCGACAAACUCAUGGUUCAGAUCUCUGAAAGUCGUAAGGAUGAUGAACAAUUACCGGUUAAAUGUGACAUACUGCGUGAGAAGUUAGCCAUGUUAUUGGAAGCUUUGCGCGAGGAAGAGACCGGUGCGCACUCCGGGGAUGAUCUCUUAACGAAAAUCAGUGGCAUUAUAUCAGAGAGUGCUGCCGCCUCUCCAAAUGCUUCUACAACGCCGUCGACAUCAGCUUCAUUGCUUAAUCCAAACAUAUCAAUCGAGAAAGACGGGAAGGAUCAAUUUAAUACGAAUGAGCGACGCAAUAGGCGCUCCUUACAGUCAACAGAACGCGAGUCGCUACAAUGUCGGGCCAACAGUGUUAAACGUGCCAUGUACGAUGUCAUCGAUCACUCUGAACCAGGCCGACCCAAGCGCUAUCAGCGCAAGCUAUCCAUAACGCCAUUCGAAGCUUUAAAGCUACCAACCAAUGCAUCGGGUGAAUCUAUCCCUUGCUCUUCACCUACCAUGGAAACCUCUCGCCAAACUUGUAUAUCGCCACUACCGGAUACACGUCGGGACUCAGUCGACGAGAACUUCUUCAAUGCGAUUAGCAUACCAGUGCCACGUCAAUUCGCGGACAGUCGCCGCAGCUCAGGCGCGCCCGAAGUAAUACAAGUGAUGGAAGAAAAUGGACAAAGAGGAAAUAGUGAGAUUGUCAAUCCAUUACCCAUGGUUGGUGAAAAUACUGAUAUAAGCUCACCCUCCGAACGUAAAAUCGACUUUCUCAGUGUGCCGAUAUUGACAAGCGAUCAGAUUGUAGAUCCUCUUUCGGACUACCGUCCAAUAGAGGUUUUCGAACGCAGCUACUAUAUGAGUCGUGAAUUGGAUAAGGAAGAGAAACUCAAGCAAAGUAUGAGUGCCAAUAGGGAGUGCAACUAUGAAGACGGCAAGGAGGAGAAAACAAUGCCCGAAAAGUCUAACGCGUUACGUUUCGAUGACGAAGUUUGUCAGUUGCAGUUACCCAACGUAGUCAUACCCAGUAAAGCCCAAAAUGUAUACUCAAGCGAAACCAUAACGAUCAUUGAUACAGACGUAGCCACUGAAUUAUCCUCGUCGGAUGAGUUGCCAGGUGGCGAGGCUAGCGAUGUGUUGUCAGCCAUUGGUGAUGAGGAGUGCAGCGUAGCCUCCGAAAUAUUGGACAGGCAUCAGGAAGGUCAAAAUCUCGACCGCCCACUGCAGUUAGGAGACAUAAUACAGCGCCCGAAAAAGCGUUCGUCCCUACGCAAACCUAAAUCCGCCAUACUUAUCUCGCAACAACAACUCUCCAUUAAUGCAUCUACGACAACAACUUCCGCAACACACGCGAACGGCCAACAGACUGAUGAUGAAUUGACCACAAAAAUGGCUAUUAAGAUUGAGGUAUGCGACAUCGAGACCUAUGCACACAUGGAUAGUGGGGACAACUUGGAAGCGCCGUCAAUGCCUUACGCCCAAAACCAGCCGAUUGUAGCCACAAUGCCCCACAGCACAUUGAACAACCAAUCAACAAUAACAACAGCAACAACGCUUGGCUCAGCAUUGAGCACAUCGCCGAAAAAAUCCGGACACAGACAAGGUGUAAAGCGCAUUACUUUUGAUGAGUCGUGUAAGAAAGAAUCCUGUGAUGAUGUAAAUCCAAACUAUCCACAGAUGAGGGUAGUUGUGCGCCCACCAACCCCUUUACGUGGACAUGCUAUCAAACCGAUGAAUGCAACGUCGGCAACCAGCCUACUGUCGGCCCGUAUGCUGCCGAUGGAGUUCAGGCGGCACUCAAGUCAUGAAACAACCAGUCUAGCGGUGCGAGAGCAUGCCGAGAAGGAUGGUCGACAUUCGAGCUUUAAUCCAAAUUUUUUAAGUUUAGAUCCGGAUCAUACGAAAUUCUUAAGCUCAUCACCGUCAGCAAGUCGACGCAUCAGUUGUGGCAGUCUCUUCAAGCCAAAUAAGGCGUUACCAAAUCUGAUGACAUUUAAAGGCUCAAAGUCCAGUCUUUUUAUGGGUUCGGCACUAUUUGGAUUCGAUCAUUUUGGCGGAGGCAGUGGUGACGGUAAUUCAGGUGGUGACAAAAAACGUGACGAUAAGGGCAAAAAAGAUAAGGAGUGUCUACUUGGCGCUGAAGAUGGCGCUAGGAAAAUGCCGAUUAUUAAUCCACCUGUACGCCUACCAAAUUGGCCAACGUUAGCCAAUAGUUCCGGGUUCAUAUCCAAGUGCUUGCCAGCAAAUGCAGAUGCGCUCUGCGCUGCUGUUAGUCCACUAAUGGAUCCCGUUGAAACCCUGCUGGCAGGCUAUCAUGAGAAAUGCGUUAUGAACAAUUACUUCGGUAUUGGUAUAGACGCCAAGAUCUCGCUCGAUUUCCAUAACAAACGGGAAGAGCAUCCCGAGAAGUGUCGCUCGCGUGCCAAAAACUAUAUGUGGUACGGUGUGUUGGGUUCGAAGCAGCUAUUGCAGAAAACAUGUAAAAAUCUCGAGCAACGCGUGCAAUUAGAAUGUGAUGGGCAGCGUAUACCGCUGCCAUCCCUGCAGGGCAUCGUCAUAUUGAAUAUACCCAGCUUCAUGGGCGGCACGAAUUUCUGGGGCUCCAGCAAGAAGGACGAUAUCUUCCUUUUGCCCAGCUUUGACGAUCGCAUACUCGAAGUUGUCGCGGUGUUCGGUUCGGUGCAAAUGGCCGCCUCGCGUCUCAUAAACUUACAACAUCAUCGCAUAGCACAAUGCCAGAGCGUACAAAUAAAUAUUUUGGGCGAUGAAGAGAUACCCAUACAAGUUGAUGGCGAAGCUUGGCUACAACCACCCGGCAUGAUUCGUAUAUUGCACAAGAAUCGUGUACAAAUGCUUUGUCGUAAUCGCCAUUUGGAAAUUUCACUGAAAUCAUGGCAAGAAAAGCAGCGUCAACAUAGCAUAUCCAUACAGCGCGAGCAAUCAUCGACUGCAUCCGAGCAUGCAAUGUCUACGGAUGAGGUGCUGUCCGAACGUGAAUGCUAUGUACUCUUGAACUUUAUUGAGGCGGUCAGUUCGCUUGUAAAAUGGGUGAAAUUCCUUAUAAUUUCACAUCCAUCUUUGCAACACGAUUUAUAUGCUGUGGCUUGUCGUGCCGCUGAAGUACUCGAAUCCAUACAUCCGGAUGGCAAAUUACUUGAGGGUCCCACACUACGCACCAAACUGGUGGAGGUUAUCGAGUCGGCGCGUCAGUUGUACGAGGACUCCUGCAAUUUAUUACGCGAUCGUGCUCCCAGCUUAAUAUUGAGAGAGGAUCUCGAGUCGAAGUUGAGCGUUGCCUUGGCCAAUAUCGAAAUGGAGCUGAAAAAAUGUUCGGUACAGAAGAGUUUCGAUGGGAAAUUGCGCGCUUACUUCAAUGCUUUGGCGCCAAAUGAAGAGGAAGUAUAUCUACAAUCCACUUGAGAUAGGACAUAUGUAGGACAUAUGUUACAAGUGGAAAGAUUCAUCUUACAAUCUAUGAGUUAUAUUUUUGGACCACCUAAGGCGGACAGUAUUAGGACAGUACCAUAUGGGUUUCAUAUUUAUAACGGAAAUACAAUAUGUUCAUGUAAUAUGAACUGGUGGUAUUAACUUUUACACAUGUAAAUAUGUCACCCGCAAAAAGUAUAAAUAUUGUUGUACAAAAACAAGAAUCGUUCAAAUAGCAUCAUACAUACUCAUAUGCGUACACAUGUAAAUAUGUGUGUAUGACAUUCCCACACAAAUAAUGCAUACACAACAUACAUACUUACAUAUAUGCGUUCACAUGUCGAUAUGUCACCCGCAAAAAUUACGAAUAUUGUUCUACAAAAACAACAAUCGUCUAAUAUAGCAUCAGCAGCGUCACCAGUCAAUAUGGCAGCCAAAUAGUCGAUGCCCAAAUUUGUAGAAAAACCCACAACAACAAUAUUUUCAUUCAUGAACGCAAGCGCACUUUCAACAGGCAAACUCGCUUCAUUCAUAAAAGUAGACACCAUUACAUCUCCCCGAGCAUGCCUUUGUCAACAAGCGUCUUUUCGCGACGAUGCAUCGCGAUGGCAAAAGCUAAAAAUCUUAAAUUGAACAACUAUCUGAUGCUUCUUCACAGAAAGACGUGAGAAAAGUGGCAACAACGCAGUUGUCGAUUUAUAAUAUUUGUCCAUUCUAAAAUAUUUUUCCGUGACUCGCAAAAAUCUGCGUCGAUGUGUAUUCACGCUCAUACGUAUACAUACAUACAUAUUUACUCACAUUUUUAGGCAAAGCUGUUACAGCGGCAAGGGAAGCGGUGACAAUCGGCGGCCAUUCGUUUAUUUUUUUCGGCACAGCUUGGAGUUUCUAUCAUCACCCAAGUGCUGAACACAAUGAGUGCGACAGACUGCAAACGACAUCUGUCAAAUAUUAGAAUACACACGUUCUUAGGGACACAGUUAUUGAGGCAGCUUCACAACAAAAUAACUGUGUCCAUAAUAACGUGUGUAUUUUAAUAUUUGACAUAACAGUCUGUCCCGCUCAAUGUGUUCAGCACUUGACUCUUUGACAAAGCGUCAGUUUCGGCUAUUGGUAGACCAUGACAACGGAGAUGCGAAAGAUGCGUGUGACACUUGUUAUUAUGAAUGUACAUAUGUACAUACAUAUUUAUGUGGCUCGCAUUUGCUUUCGUAAACAUACAAAUGUGACAAAGAAAUAAUAUACAUACAUAUGUAUGUAUGUGUCAUAGAAAUUCUAUUGGUACAAAUAUGGAAAUGAUAACGAAAUAAUGCGAAUAUGCAUAUUUCAUGAAGGUCAUCAAUUUUCUUUGAAGAAAUGAAGAUCAUUUUGCACAUCUUCACUUUGUAAUAGUCGAAAUAAAUAUUAAUUUAUUUAAAAAUUAAAAAAUAAAAAUAAAGAGAAAUAAAAUUAAAAUAAUUUUUCCCGAUUUUAUUUUUUAUAAUAUGCCAACUCAACCUAAAAGCGCUUACAUACACAUGUACAUAUAUUGUAAAUACAAUUGGCGCCAUUUCCCCGUUGUAACCUACAUAUAUUACCUACAAUUAGAAAAAAUCUAACUACUUGCAUUCUUUAUAUGUACAUAUACCGCAUAUUUGAUCGUUAAAUUUGGCGCAAUUCCUCCAUGAAAACAUACAUACAGCAAAUACUUAGCCAAAAAGAGCAUGCAUAUAUUGUAAAUACAUUUUCAUAGCUUUUACUUCAUUGGCUGUCUCUUAUUUGUAUAAGUUAACACAGUGGUUCACACCGUCAGCUAAUUCCCACCGUUGGUCAAUAGCUGGAAACUUUAAACCACCCAAUUGCUGACACUGCAUCAGCAAUAUCAGUUAGUGACUCCACACGCGCGUCCGGUCAAUUGCUGACGCCGCAACUGUUGGCAACGUGACCAGGUAGAGGCAUAGGUUUAAUUUAGACUUAAGAAAUAAUUUGUAAUUAGUCUUUAGACAACAUUUAAUAAAUAAAGACCGCGGACGCGAGUCCGCUAGUUUUUAAAAAUUAAAAUAACAAAAUAAAAAUUUAACUUGCGCCCGAGCAGGGACCAGUUGAAGUUUGAAGUCCGGUUCGCGUUGUGAUAAAAUCAAAAGUCGCCCGCGGAGAACGGCCGAAGAGAAACCACAGCAAAUAACAAAGAACACACGGACCAAACGAGCUGGUCUAGCAACCUAACAACAGCGUUAGGAUCCAAUAGGAAAAAAACGCACCCUCCAUACGUGCGCAACGAGGGACCUUAGUAGAAAAAGCAAACGGGAGAACACCCCACGCGCCAAGAGGAU